AUGAAGCGUGAGGAAGAUAACCCAAAUAUGGGAAUUUCACAAUCGAGGACAGAGCUUCGGCUUUCUUCUUUGUUUGCUUGGCUUGUUGGAAUUCUCAGUAAAGUUCCUUCUGCUGCAGCACAUAUGCCAAAAGGAGUUUUGCUUGAACUUCUUCGUAGAUGUCUUCUAAUAUCACAAUUUUUCAACAAGCAGCUGGUGGAUUCAGCAUUUCAGAUUACAGAACUGAUGGAUGACAACUCCUUGAUGCAGAAAGUUCAAAAGUUCUCUCACCUCAGUUUGUCCAAUUUAGAGCAGGCAGAUAAUCAAAGCUCUUUAUUAACUUCAAAUAACAUUUUCCAAUAUGAGGAAUCUAUACAUGAAGCAGAUAAAAAGCUAGAGUUAGUUAAACAUCAGAUUUUGAAAAGAGACAAGACAAAAUUAGCAAGGCAUAAAACCACCAUAUCAUUGUGCAUCGCUUCCAAGCUUGAUAGGAUGAAUCCUUCUUGCCAGGUUCAGCCAUCCCCAGAGAAUGAACCUAGGGUAUUCCUUAAAUCACAAUCACUUCACGCUAACUCCGUCUCGCAGAACAUAGCCUCCGCUCUCGUCAAUUCCAAUUGCAUCGGCGCCGUCUCCAUCUUUGCCUACGGCGACAUCAACCGCAUUCUGCGACCCAUCCAGCACGCCCUCUCCAGCACCGGCGUCGCUCUCAACCACAUCCCCGCCGAUGUGAAAGAUAGGGACAAGAACAUCCUAGUGGACAUGUUGAUAUGGGCACUAGACAAUCCCGCUCCCGUUAACUACUUGAUCAUAUCCGGCGACAUAAACCUCUCCACCGCGCUUCACAAACUCAACCUGCGAAGUUACAACAUUCUCCUCGUGCAUCCGCCACAAGUUUCUCCCUCCCUCUUCGCCGCCGCCAAAGUCGUUUGGCGUUGGACAAUCCUCUCCGCCGGCGGUGGCCCUCUCUACGUUGUCGAUUCCAACUCUGCCUCCGCCUCUGUUAAACCCACCCCUCUCCGAACAGCUUGA